AUGGGCGCGUUGCAAAUUACCGUAAAGACUCUUCAACAAAAGCAGUUCAAACUCGAUGUGGAUAGCUCUGAUUCUAUUCUUUCAGUAAAGCAAAAAAUUCAAGAAAGCCAAGGACAUGCUGUGGCUCAACAAAAACUUAUUUUCUCUGGUAAAAUUCUUGCGGAUGAUAAAAAAGUAGAAGACUAUAAUAUAAGUGAAAAGGACUUUUUAGUCGUCAUGGUUUCCAAGGAACCAGCCAAGUCAGAAACACCUGCUGCUGCUGCUGCUACUGCUGCGUCUACCACCACGGAUGCAAACAUCGAAACACCUUCACCUGCACCUGCACCUGCAGCCACGAAUGCUGCUGAAACAAAGACCCCCUCAGCUUCUUCUACCACCCCUAGCGACACAACAACAACACUACCGGAUGCGAACGAUUCAUCCUUAGGUAAAAAGAUAAAAGUUCAUACGUGGAUAAGGGACAGUCUCAUUGAACCUUGCAACGUGAUCUAUAACAUAGUGACAGGGGAAAAACUCGAAGGUGUCAUCCAGAAUAUGAUGGAGAUGGGUUUUGAACGUGAACAAUGUGUGCGCUGUCUUCGUGCUAGUUUCAACAAUCCUGACAGAGCUGUAGAAUAUCUUUUCAAUGGUAUUCCUCAAAAUAUAUUGGACGAAAUGAAUGCUGCUCAACAAGCUCAAGCACAACAACAACAACAACAACAACAAUCGCCUAAUAAUACAAACAUCACAUCACCUACUAGCGAUACAGGAGCAGCAACAAAUACAAAUGAUCCUAAUGCACCUUUGAACUUAUUUGCAGCUGCUCAACAACAACAACAACAACAGCAACAGCAACAACAACAACAACAACAACAACAAGGGGGUGGUAAUGCUGAACUAGCGGCGUUAAGAAACACACCUCACUUCCAGCAAAUUCGUCAAUUGAUUCAAUCCAAUCCAGCCCUACUUCAACCCUUAUUACAACAAUUAGGACAAAGCAAUCCUGAGAUUUUGAGAACCAUCAAUGCGGACCCUAAUGGAUUUUUACAGGCUUUGUUGGAAGGCACAGAUGAAGAAGAUAAUUUACCUCCUGGAACCAAUAUGAUUCAGGUGACCCAGGAAGAAAAGGAUGCUAUUGAUAGAUUGGUUGCAUUAGGUUUUGAUCGACACCUUGCUAUUGAAGCCUACUUUGCAUGUGAUAAAAAUGAAGAAAUGGCAGCCAAUUACUUGUUUGAACAUGGAAAUGACGAUAUGGAGUAG